AUCACUCUUCCCCGAAGGGCCUAGCUCAUUCUGGAAUCUUCAUUGUCUGUGAUUCCUAGACAUUAGGACAGAUGGGGAUGGAGGGGACGCUGUUCCUGAGGAUCCUCUAACCUCCUGCCCAUGCUCUUCUUACCCCUGGGGCCAUCCCAGGGCCUCUAGGGCACACGAGCUGAAAGUUUGUAGGGUGGGGCAGCAGUGGGCACACAAGCCGAAAGUUUCCUCUGCGGCUCAUAUUUGUGUGCAAUCUAGACUGGAGGUGACAGGUGGCUACCCUAAGGUCUGCUCCCCAGGAUUCUUUGUUUUCUCACCUGGAGGUCUUAGUGGAUGUGUGACAAGGCAAGCGAUAGCUUUCAGGACGCACACUUGAAGUCCAGGUCCUCGAUCCCCGACCUAGGUUGCCCAGUGGAGAACCAAAGUCCCCUCCCCUUCUGCCAUCCAUGCCCCAAGGCCACACAGCCCGGACAGCAUUCCAGCUCUGCCGUCCAUGCGCCGUGUGAUCUGGAGAAAGUGUCUUAGCCUCUCUGUGGUGAGCCCUCACUGACAUGUCAGGAUUAUCAUCUGCCUCUCUCGAUGCUGUUGGGGUCUGGGUAGAGGACGCAGUGUGGGAUCUGCUCAGCACACCUGCCCUCUCCGAGACGGGAAGUGAAAAGCCACUGCACUGACGUUGGCCCUGACUUUGCAUCAUUCCCCGAGUCUUGUCGGGACACUGAAUGACACCUAACUGCAAAGCAGGGUGGUGUGGAGAGGGCUCCGGCCCCUCCCCAGGGAGGUGGGGCCUCUGUCCUGCGGUCACCCUCAGGGCCUGUCGCAUCCCCUCUCCCUGCCCUCCUUACUUUAUCUUUCGCUUUGCAGUAAGGGUGGGUCCUGCUGCCCAGAGGGGCCUGUCGCCACCGAGGGGGAGCUCUGCCCAGAGGGAGGGCCCCAGAGAUGGAGAGAAGGUGGGUGUGAGACAGAGGAGGCCCACACCCCAGAGACCUCCAACCCCUGCUGCCAAAGCAGGAAGGGGGUGGCGCCUCAGCCGAGAAGGUUGGGCAGUCACUCAGACGAGGGACUUUCCUAAAACCAAGCUCUGUGAAGGAAACGAAACCCCAGAACUACAAGAAAUGGCAGGUCUGGGACAAGCCUGUGAAGGAUGCUGCGGACAGAUGCCGGAGAUCAGUUACCCAAUGGAAGGAUUAGAUCCUGAAACCUUCUUCUUCGAAUUCCAAAACCUGCUCUAUGCCUAUGGGCGGAAGAGCUCCUACCUCUGCUUCCAGGUGGAGAGAGAGCAGCACAGCUCACCGGUGCCCUCUGACUGGGGGGUCUUUGAAAACCAGUUCUGUGGGACGGAGCCCUACCACGCAGAACUCUGCUUCCUGAAUUGGUUCCGUGCCGAGAAGCUGUCUCCUUAUGAACAUUACGAUGUCACCUGGUUCCUAUCCUGGAGCCCCUGCUCCACCUGUGCAGAGGAGAUAGCCAUUUUCCUGAGCAAUCACAAGAACGUCAGGCUGAGCAUCUUUGUCUCCCGAAUCUACUACUUCUGGAAACCAGCGUUCCGGCAGGGACUUCAGGAGCUGGACCACUUAGGGGUCCAGCUGGACGCCAUGUCCUUUGACGAUUUUAAAUACUGUUGGGAAAACUUCGUGGACAACCAGGGAAUGCCCUUCAGGUGUUGGAAGAAAGUGCAUCGAAAUUAUAAGUUUGUGUUAAGAAAGCUUAACGAAAUCCUCAGAAACAUGAAUCUACUAUCGGAAAAAACAUUUAACUACCAUUUUGGCAACCAGCUCCGAGUCAAAAAGCCCCAAGGCCGGAGGAGGACCUACUUGUGCUACAAGCUGAAGCUGCCCAAUGAAACCUUUGACAAGGGCUACUUUAUCAACAAGAAAAAGAACCAUGCAGAAAUUCGCUUUAUCAACAAGAUCCGCUCACUGAACCUGGACCAAACGAAGAGCUACAAAAUCACCUGCUAUAUCACCUGGAGCCCCUGUUCGUACUGCGCUGGGAAGCUGGUGGCUCUCGUCAAAAGUUGUCCCCAUCUGAGCCUGCAGAUCUUCACCUCCCGCCUGUACUACCACUGGUUGUGGAAAAACCAGGCAGGGCUGCGAUAUCUUUGGAAAAUCAAUAUUCCAGUGUUGGUCAUGAAAGAACCAGACUUUGCUGACUGCUGGGACAACUUCGUGAACCACCAGAGCAGGCGUUUCAAGCCGUGGGAGAAGCUGACACAAUACAGUAACUCCACAGAGAGAAGGCUCCUGAGGAUCCUGCGGAUCAACAGAACGGACCUGUUCUUAGCACAGAGCUCAGAACAGGAUCCAGGGCUGAAUGACUUAGUGGAUGCCAUCAAACGUUUGUUCUUGGAUGCCCACCGCCCUCGUGACUAGGAAGUCACUGGGGAUGACUGUUCCUGAAGUGCUGCCAUGCUUGAUACGCUGCUGGCUCACAGGAGCAAGCAGCAAGCUCCGCAGGCAGACUCAACCCUCGUCGAAGGCCAGAAGACCUUUCUCUCCUCAUUCUUCCUUCUCUUUUCUUUUCUCUUAUAAGUGGGUGUCUAUUUUUAUAAUUAAAAAAAAUAAAGAUGAUUUUUAAGUCUGUAAAACUUAAUGAGUUAUCUUCCCGAGGGGGAAUCAGUCCUUCCCUCAUAAAAAUGAGUGUAAAGGACUUUUCUACAGCACCAAGAAAAAAAUUUGUUUGAGAAUUCCCUGUAUGGUCUAGAAGAAUUGGAUCAUUUUGUGGUCCAAGUAUUCUCCGUUCCUUCUCAGUACCUAAUAUGUGUCUAAUAAACAGGGUAAAACUCUGUUGAGUGCAAUUGUCCCAUAGAAUUGAUUGGAGAAAAAAAAAAAAAACACAACA